AUGGGGGUGGACUACUACAGGAUCUUGCAGGUCGACAAGAACGCCAAGGACGACGACCUGAAGAAGGCUUACCGGAAGCUCGCCAUGAAGUGGCACCCCGACAAGAACCCCAACAACAAGAAGGAGGCCGAAGCCAAAUUCAAACAGAUCUCGGAGGCUUAUGAUGUAUGGACCUAGUCGCCCUCGUACUGUUGUUUCCACGGUUGAUGGUGGUGAGGUGUUGAGUCACAUCUUGUUUUGACUGUUUUUCUCGUCCUCUUUUUUGCUAGGUUCUGAGCGAUCCACAGAAGCGCGUCGUGUAUGACCAGUAUGGAGAGGAAGGCCUGAAGGGGCAGGUUCCGCCCCCUGGAACCGGCGGGGCCUCUUCCUUCUCCACUGGGGAUGGGGCCACGUCAUUCUACUUCAACCCUAGGAAUGCUGAUGACAUAUUUGCCGAGUUUUUUGGGUUCUCGAGUCCGUUCGGGGGUAUGGGAAGCGGCGGCGGCGGCGGCGGAGGUAUGAGAGGGACGAGAUUUUCCAGUGGCAUGCCUUCCGGGUUCGGGGAUGAUGUCUUUGGGCAUAUGUUUGGGGGCGGGGAGGGUUCGAUGCGCCACCAACAACCCCGGAAGUCACCCCCAAUAGAGAGGCACUUACCGUGUAGUCUGGAAGAUCUCUUCAAGGGGACAACGAAGAAGAUGAAGAUCUCCAGGGAGAUCGCGGAUGCUAGCGGGUGAGUAUUAAAAUACCCCUGAACUAGAGUAUACCCUAUCUUAGUUUUGGCUACAUGGAAAUACUUCCCGAUACAAUUUUUAUUAUAGAGUCGUCUUCUUCGCGGAUUCUUACCAUCUGUACUAGAUAAUUCAUAAUGUACAUUGUAAGCUUUUAGACUGUUCGCAUCGAAUAUUCAACCUUGAUGUCAGAGAAAAUUGCUCUGCCGUCCUUGGAUGAUGUCAAUUUCAAGUUGAGAGAAAUUGCAGCGCCGUAGUUGAAUACAGAUCUGUAUUGAACGAGGAAAGCUCCGUUUUUCCCAUUUUAUUAUGUUAAUCUACGAGCUAAUUUUUAUAGUUUAACGUUAUUUUUAUUCAAAUAUGUUUAAUGGAUUGAAGCCGUAACUUUUCUUGAUUCUACCAAUUAACGAGAAAUGAUGUGGAACUGAGUUUUCAUAGAAGGCGUAUCAUCUUAGAGAUCUAUGUCUCAACGAUGGCAUGUUCCUGCUUUCUGCCAACUUCUACUUUUUUCAUAUGUGAGGGCCGCUUAGCUUCGUCUACACCGUCUUCAGCAAACUUUGAAAUAUGUUAUGGAGGAUUUAUUUGGUGCACAUUGGACAUGUACUUCCGCGCCCACUUUUGCUUUCAAAAUUAAGGGAAAUUGGGGUACUUUAAUGUUUGAUUAUUUGACGAUGCGUUAUUUUUACAUCUAGUAAUGUGUGCCCAUUAUCUUGUAUAGAGUGCUUCACAUUUCUGAGGACUGUGAUAAGAAAUAUUCUUUUUUGAUAAGUAUUAAUGAAUUACCAGCCAGUCAUCAAGAGACUUACUGAGAGAGCAUAAUUGGGCUGUUAAUUGUUGGUUUUUGAUGGAGUUCGAGAUUCAGUGAGUGUGGUGUCUGCUGGAAUGGGAUGUUAUUGGACUGCUACUCAGCAAGAAUGGACAUCAUAAUGAGACACAAAAAAAUGCAUCCUCCGGGAAUGGUCAGUUCAUUGGCACUUGUUUUAAGUAGCUUUAAUCUCUUAGAUGCCUCAGGUACAAAGACUCGGUCUUUAGGUCCCUUUCUUAUACUCAUGAGGAAGUGGCACUGAGAUGUUGGAUGAGUAUGUCAAGCGCCUAGGAAAAGAAGGCUAUAUUUUAUGUCACGACAUUGUGAGAAUGUUAGGUCAUUAAAGUUUGACUGUUUCACAUUGCUAGAUCAGCACGCUAGUUAGGCAUUCCACUGUAGGUGGCUCGUCAUAUGUGCAAGAUAACUCUUCUGUAAAAUUUAUGAUUCUUUCAACCCGGUUAUUUUAAGUAUAUUCCGUUCUGUCUUCAUCAGAAGUCCUCAAUUUGGCGUAGGAUGUGUAGCUUAGUAGGCCUUCGCCCAUGCUCGCCCAUGCCUCAGACUGGUGUACAGUUGGUUAUAUAUGUGCUUUCUGUUCAGAUCCCCUAGCAAAGCAUGGGACAUGCUUAUCUUCUAUAUAAAGCCAAGUGCAUGAGAAUGGUCGUCAAAGUGAGGAAUCUAAUGGAGUAUGAGCUGAUCUCUAUUUUUUUGGUUUGACACUUCAAACAGAAAGGAUGAAUUCAUCACUGUUAAAGGAGGUCCCGUGGGAAGCCAUGCUCAUUUCCUUAUCUCACUUUUGGGUGAAAAUGGGGGCGGGGUGGCCGGAGUUGGCUUAUGGCGCCCCUAUCUACUACUAGUUCAGUGUGGAACUGGUGCAUAGCAAGGCUAUUCAGUUUCAGCCAGCUUGUUUGGUAACAAGUUGAAAAAUAGAAUUAACUCGUUGCCCACUGUAAUUUCUAAAGAUGGCCAUUGUAUGAAAGCUCUUGGAAACGCCCUAUUUCUUUUGAAAAGCCAUCUGAGCAUGGCAGGUAACUUCUCAGGCACUAGGUGGUUGGAACAAUACGGGCUCCUGGUUUUAUUUGUACCCAGAGAAUGUGCUCUCUGGUUAGACUUUGCUUGCCUGCUGAUCUUUCCAGAUUUUUUGGUGCUUUUUAUGUUUCAUAUCAUGCGCGGGUUGUGUAAAGCGGCGGUUUGCCACUUGUGCUAAAUCCACCGUGGUUAUUGGAGUCUCUAUGAAAUUUAUGUAUCCAUUGUAUGUUGUAGCCGAUGAUUUUAUCAUCUGCCAUUUCUGCAUCUUGAAAAGGGGAAUAUGCUAUGGAGAAACUGAGAGACUCCUGGGUCGAGGGAGAGGCCUACGAAGUUCUUUCAUUUCAUCUUCUGCAUUAUUUGCAUUUCUGAUACAACACGCUUUUUAUAUAGAAUGUGCAGAAUACUUUGCUACUUAUUUUCUUGUAUUCAGUUGCUGAAAGAGAGCAGCAACAUUAGAAAAAUCACCGCACUGCUGUUUUUCUCAUAUUUUUAAGGCCUCGCUCAUCUCGUAUGUUUAUUUAUUUUUUGUCAUCAGGAGGACGAUACCGGUGGAAGAGAUCCUAACGAUCGAGAUAAAGCCCGGGUGGAAGAAGGGGACGAAGAUCACCUUCCCGGAGAAAGGGAACGAGCAGCCGAACGUCAUCCCGUCGGACCUCGUCUUCAUCAUCGACGAGAAGCCCCACGAGACGUUCACCAGGGACGGCAACGACCUCGUGGUGACGCAGAAGAUCUCCCUGGCGGAGGCCCUGACGGGCUACACAGCCCAGGUGACGGCCCUCGACGGGCGGAGCCUGUCCAUCCCCAUCAACACCAUCAUCCACCCCAACUACGAGGAGGUGGUCUCCAAGGAGGGCAUGCCCAUCCCCAAAGACCCUUCCCGCAGGGGCAACCUCCGCAUCAAGUUCAACAUCAAGUUCCCUACCCGGCUUACCCCCGAGCAGAAGACCGGCAUGGCGCGCUUGCUCGGCUCCUGA